AUGAUUCCUCCGAGCAGCACGACUGAAGUCAGCGUGGAUAGUGUGGAGAAAGAGAAUGAAGUGGAGAGCACAGAGCAGCCCCCCUCUCCAGCAUCAACUACCAGCCAGGAAUCAAAGCUGCAGAAACUGAAACGAUCACUCUCCUUCAAGACCAAAAGCUUGCGGAGUAAAAGUGCAGACAAUUUCUUCCAGAGGACUAAUAGUGAUGUGAAACUGCAAGUAGACUUGAUGCCUGAGGUGAGCACAAGCACCGGGCAGCUCCCCAGCUCAGAGAGCCAGGCGUCCUCCCCCACCAGAGCCCAGCAGCUGCCAGAAAACAACAAAGCUCACAUCUUCCAGGAGCACAUCUUCAAAAAACCCACUUUCUGCGAUGUCUGCAACCACAUGAUUGUUGGGACAAACGCUAAGCACGGACUGCGCUGUAAAGCUUGUAAGAUGAGCAUCCACCACAAGUGUGUAGACAGUAUUGGACAGCAGCGUUGCAUGGGCAAGCUGCCAAAGGGAUUUCGACGGUACUACAGCUCACCACUACUCAUUCAUGAACAGUUUGGCUGCAUCAAAGAAGUGAUGCCUAUUGCCUGUGGAAAUAAGGUUGACCCUGUGUAUGAAACUCUUCGCUUUGGGACUUCCUUAGCUCAGAAAACCAAAAAGAGCAGUUCUGGAAGUGGGUCUGACUCUCCCAACAGAAACUCUACAGCCGACCUGGCGGAAGUUCCUGAGGAAGGCGACAGCUCUGCAGGCACCCUUGACAUAAGCAGGAAACGCAGCAACAGCGUGUUUACAUACUCCGAAAAUGGCACAGAACACUUUGGAGAAGAACCAAAAAGUAUACAUUCCCCGGGAUCAUUUUAUAAAAGCACGUUACAAAUGAACACCUAUGUUGCCUUGUACAAAUUUGUACCACAAGAAAAUGAAGACUUGGAGAUGAGGCCAGGGGAUAUGAUCACUCUUCUGGAAGACUCCAAUGAAGACUGGUGGAAAGGGAAAAUUGAUGACAGAACUGGAUUUUUUCCUGCUAACUUCGUUCAAAGAGUGCAACAUGAUGAGAAGAUUUACAGGUGUAUCAGGACAUUCAUUGGCUGCAAGGAACAGGGACAAAUAACUCUGAAAGAGAACCAGAUUUGUGUGACUUCUGAAAAGGAACACGACGGCUUUAUCAAAGUAUACAGUGGGAAGAAGAAAGGCUUUGUCCCCAUAGACGUCUUAGAAAACAUCUGA